AUGGGAAAGGGGGAUUCGGAUUCAACAAAUAAGUGUUAUGAAGCACUUUUGGAUUUAAAGUGUUUAUUUCCCGCCUGGAGCGAUUUGCAAAGCAAUUUGUUUUUCCACUGGAGGCAAAUACUAAGUUCAAGCAACGAAUUCGAAGAAUCCGAGAACGAUGUGCUCAAAACUUACAUGUCUAUGCUGGAACCUGUCCUCGAUUACAAGGAGGGGGGAGUAGAGUCGAAAACAGCGCUCGAGGUGGUUAGAACUCUAGAUAAUUAUCGCAAAAAGGUUGACGAGGAGUUCGAGGCCUACGUAUUGGAAGAAGUACUGAACAAAGACGCUCCAUCGAUAGUACCGCCAAAACGAGAACCUAAGGCUCCGGUGGUUAAAAAGAAACCUCAACCUGUCCCAAAAAUAGUAUUAAACGAAGAAACGACUCCGGUGCACGGUUAUGGAACGAGACGAUCGAGAAUGUCGACCGAAGGAGGCUUUGGAAUGGGAGAGCAUUUGAAAAAGGGAAUUUUUUCAGACUAUGUAUGGGAAUUCACAGGAAGUGAUAUAAAGGACGAAGAUGAAGAGUAA